UAUUUUUGUGUACAAAGUUAGCAACGCUCACCACCGCCUUUGCCACAGAGCCAAACAUGGCGGAAGAAGAAGAAAUAGUGGGAGAAGUAGAAGCAUUACAAGCUGUUUACGGCGAUGAUUGCUUACUCCUACAAACUUAUCCUCCUUCGUUUCAUCUUCAUAUCAAGCCUCGUACUGCCGAUGAUUCUUCUCAACAGUUUGUGGAAGCAAUCAUAGGAAUCCAGGCUGGUUCAAAGUAUCCUGACGAGCCACCUGCUAUUAGAAUUGUUGAUUCCAAGGGUCUUGAUGAGCAAAGGCAAAAACAAUUGAUAAGUUGUAUUUCAGAAAGGGCCAGUGAACUUUCCUCAUGUCUAAUGCUUGUAGCACUUUGUGAGGAAGCAGUGGAGCGGCUUUCGAGUAUGAAUCACCCUGAUGGAGAGUGUCCGUUGUGCUUGUAUCCGUUAGUUGCUGAAGAUUCAGGAAGCUCUGAGCCAUUUAUGAAACUAAUGUCUUGUUUUCAUUGCUUUCAUUGUGAGUGCAUCAUCAGAUGGUGGAAUUGGCUUGAACUACUAAAAGAAUCUGAUGCCCCUACAGCUUCUGGUUCUGCUUCAUCUUCUGGAAGUAUCACGGAUCAGGAUGAAGAAUCUAGGAGGAAGUGCCCAGUUUGUCGCAAAUCUUUUCUUGCAAAGGACAUUGAGCAUGUGCUUGACUUUGUGAAGACUCAGCAUGCUGUGACCUCCAGCAGGUUUGAAGUUAACAAUGAGGACAAGAUUCUUUCCUCAGACUCGGAAAAAUUAAGAAGAGAGAAAUUUGAUGCAAUACUGAAACUCCAGCAAGAGAAGGGCGGCCUAAUUGAAAUCAAAAAGCAUGAAGUGUUGCGGCCAGGUAUUUUUCUUCCACAACCUGCUGCAUUACCCUCAACAGCAUCCACUGAGGAGGCAAAAGAGCAACAAGACAAAGAUAUGGCAGUCAACUCCAGAACAAAUUCUAGUGGUUCCACAAACAAACCUAAUACCAGUAGAGGAAGGAACUCCGGCACAAAGAAACACCAGGGGCACAAUUCAAGAAAACAAGUUGCUCAAAGUUCAAGAAAACAAGUCACUCAGUGGGUUAAGAAAGAAAAUAGUAAUGCGACGUGAUAUGCAAUCCUUAAAAAAAAAAAGCUGAAAGGAAAGAAAACCAUUGUUUCUUGUCAUUAUUCAUCGGUAUGCUGACAUGAUCAAUUCUAAUAUAUCAAUGUCAAGCAGGGUUAAGUAGUGGCAUAAUUUGGGAAAUCAAGGAAGUUGGCUGAUAGGCGGCAUCUACUGUUUAUUGCGCAGAGUGUCAUGAUUGGAAGUGAUAAAUUUCUCAUUUGUAAGAUUUCUGUACCUUCUAUGAUAUCUUUCUCCAAGACAAAAUAUAUAUUAAAAACUUUUCAAAACAAUUA